AUGCUCGCUGAGAGUGGCGCCGUCGUGUCCGUCAUCGGCGCCGUCGUGGACGUCCAGUUCUCGGGCAAACUCCCCCCCAUCCUGAACGCGCUCGAGACGACGAUGAACGGCGAGCGCCUCGUGCUCGAGGUCGCGCAGCACCUCGGCGAGAACACGGUGCGCACGAUCGCCAUGGACGCCACGGAGGGCCUCGUGCGCGGCCAGGAGUUCGUGGACUGCGGCGCGCCCAUCACCAUCCCCGUGGGCCCCGAGUGCCUCGGCCGCAUCGUGAACGUCAUCGGCGAGGCCGUCGACGACGCGGGCCCCGUGAAGACGAAGAUCCAGUUCCCCAUCCACCGCGCGCCGCCGACCUUCGUGGAGCAGGGCAAGACCCAGGAGAUCCUCACGACGGGCAUCAAGGUCGUGGAUUUGCUCGCGCCCUACGCCAAGGGCGGCAAGAUCGGCCUCUUCGGCGGCGCGGGCGUCGGCAAGACCGUCGUCAUCAUGGAGCUCAUCAACAACAUCGCGACGAACCACGGCGGCUACUCCGUCUUCGCCGGCGUCGGCGAGCGCACGCGCGAGGGCAACGACCUCUACCACGAGAUGAUCGAGUCCGGCGUCAUCAAGAUCGGCGACGGCCACGACACGACGGGCUCCAAGGCCGCGCUCGUCUACGGCCAGAUGAACGAGCCCCCGGGCGCGCGCGCGCGCGUCGCCCUCACGGGCCUCACCAUCGCGGAGUACUUCCGCGACGAGGAGGGCCAGGACGUGCUCUUCUUCGUCGACAACAUCUUCCGCUUCACGCAGGCGGGCGCGGAGGUGUCCGCCUUGCUCGGCCGCAUCCCCUCGGCCGUCGGCUACCAGCCGACGCUCGCCACGGACAUGGGCGGCCUCCAGGAGCGCAUCACGUCGACGACGAAGGGCUCCAUCACGUCCGUGCAGGCCGUCUACGUGCCCGCGGACGACCUCACGGACCCCGCGCCCGCGACGACGUUCGCGCACCUCGACGCGCAGACCGUGCUCUCCCGCGACAUCGCGUCCCUGGGCAUCUACCCCGCCGUCGACCCCCUCGACAGCUCGAGCCGCAUGAUGGACCCGCGCAUCGUCGGCGAGGAGCACUACGGCGUCGCGCGCAGCGUGCAGAAGCUCCUCCAGGACUACAAGUCGCUCCAGGACAUCAUCGCCAUCCUCGGCAUGGACGAGUUGAGCGAGGACGACAAGGUCACGGUCGCCCGCGCGCGCAAGGUCUCCAAGUUCCUCUCGCAGCCCUUCUCCGUCGCGGAGAUCUUCACGGGCUUCCCGGGCAAGUUCGUCCAGCUCGAGGACUCCAUCAAGGCCUUCAACGACGUCCUCACGGGCGACUACGACGACCUCCCCGAGGCCGCCUUCUACAUGGUCGGCGGCAUCGACGACGUCAUCGAGAAGGCGAAGACGCUCCAGUAG